GUAAAGAAGAGAAGAAAUCCAAAUUGAAAUGUUUUAAAGCUGGGAAUCGCCGACGAUGACAUAACGUAAGAAUUUUUUUUCCUCCUCCGAAUCAAUUUCUUGAUGAUCAAGAAACAUAAAAUGGAAGAAGCAACGUUCGUCAUCUGAUCUUUCCAAUUCCAUACACAUUUUCAUACCUUUCACAAAGAAGUUACCUUUGGUUUUUCUGUUCCGCUACACACAAAACGGCUACAUAGAGGAAUUAUGGUGCUUUGGGAGAUUACAUUGGGAACCGCUUAUUUUUUGGGAUUGAAGAGGACAUACAAGCUUGCUCUCAAGAUUCAACGCCGUCUUGUUGCUCCUAAAUACCCUAAGAUCCGUCUAUUCCUUCAUAGGAAAACACGAUCCAUAUUUGAUGCGGCAAUAAAGGUUCAUCGUGAGGUGCAACAAAGAGACAUUGAAGUUGGUAGGAAUCUGGGUAAUUGGAUCCUCAGAUGGCUGGACAAAAUGAAACCAGGUGCGCAGAUUCGUCCUGGGAAACCUACCCAAUCCAACAACAAUUCAGCUGUCAAAACCACGAAAAAAGGUUCACCCGACCCUUCUUACCAGAAACCUCCACAGAGGUACGGAAUAUCUUAUAGGAGAAACGGGGAUCGAGAAUCUAAUAGGCGUUUCUUUACUUCAACCAAAUCUUGGCAUGCAGCAUACCCAACUAUUUCUAUGAUGAUGAAACCCGCAGAACCAGUUGGAACUAAUACUCACUACAGACACUUGGUAUCCGGCCUCAACACUUUCGAGUUGAAAAGUACAAGAUUUGGGUGCAAUGGAGUGAUUCGGAAUGAUAUAAUGCAAUGGAUGAGUAAGUAGAAUACUGAGUUUCAGAUGGAUUGUUUAUAUGAUUUUGGAUAUUCAUUUGAUUGUUGUCUAUCUGAAGCUUAUGGUCUUCGGCGGUCAACGAUGAGUUUUGAUUAGGUUACUUUUCAGCUUCAAAACUUGUGUGGUCUCUUUCUUCAUUUGUUUGCUUUCCUAGACUGUAAUUGUAUCACCAUAUUUCCAUUUGCGAACUUAUCUUAAAGGAUUUGAAGGCU